AUGAUAAUCGAUUUUUUACAGGAAGUUAUUUCAACACUUAUUUUGAACAGUUUCUUAGCUGGAUUGUUUAUUCUUUCACUUUGGCAUAAUUAUAUUACAGUUCAUUUCAAGAAGAAACAUGAUCCAAGAGAUAUUCGUAAAGCUUCGACCACUAUUCAUCGACAUGAUCAUGAAGGGAAAACACACGAGUUAUCUCAACAAACAACAAGACGAGGGACUAGAGCAUCAGUAUCUUCAAGAAGUCCAUUGAAUAUUGAAAUAAAUGAAGAAAAUAAUAUUGAAUACGAUCAUACUAUUAGUGUUAUUACGACAGGGGAUACCAUGGAAAGAGUGGAUAGAAAUGAUAAUGGUAACAUCAAUAAUAAUGAUAAUGGUAACGUUAAUAAUCAUAUAAAUAGUAAUCCGUUUGAUGAUGUUUUGGCUAUGGAAGAUAAAAAGUUGGUCCCAAGUUUGAAAUAUUAUUAUAACCAAUAUAACAUUGAUAUUGAAGAAUAUCAGGUUGAGACUGAUGAUGGUUUCAUUAUAGAUCUUUGGCAUUUUGUUCCAUUGAAUAUGACAAUCCAAGAAAAAGAAAAAACUUACAAUGAAAAAUAUCCAAUAUUAAUGGUCCAUGGUCUUUUACAGAGUAGCGGAAGUUUUGCAUCCUGUGGGAGAAAGUCUUUAGCUUAUUAUAUGUAUGAAUCUGGGUUUGAUGUUUGGUUAGGAAACAAUCGCUGUGGAUUUAAUCCUAAAUGGAAUAUUGAUAAAUUAAAAAAAUUUUAUGGUAAAGAAUCUAAAUUAAAAUUUAAAAAAUGGGAUUGGGAUAUAAAUGAAAUGAUAAAAUAUGAUAUUAAGUCAUUUAUUGAGUUUAUUUUGGAUAAAAAACCUAAUUUUGAUAAAUUGACUUUGAUGUCUCAUUCACAAGGUACUACUCAAGCAUUUAUGGGUCUUGUUAAUGGUCCAAUAAUUUAUAAUGGCGAGAACAAAAGCGAGGAUGAUGACAAUGAGAACGUUGAAGGUUUUUCUCUAUUGGAUAAACUUGAUAAUUAUGUUGCGUUAGCUCCCGCUAUCUAUCCUGGACCAUUGCUAAAUGAAAAAAUUUUUGUUAGACUAAUGGGAGCUGGGAUUGAUAGUCCAUGGAUUUUUGGUAAAAAAUCAUUUAUUCCAUUAAUGAUGCAAAUGAGAAAUGUUUUUGUUGGUAGUAAGCCAUUUUCAUUUUUGUCAUAUGUUAUGUUUAACUAUCUUUUUGAUUGGAAUGAUAUGCUAUGGGAUAAAUCUUUACGUGACAGAAAUUUCUUGUUUUCUCCGGUAAACAUAUCAGUAAAAUUAAUGCAAUGGUGGUUAAGUCCUGAUCCAACUAAGAACAGUUUUAAGUAUGGUGCAGAUAAGAUUUUUCCUCCAGAGAAGACAUGGUUUCCUAUCUCUUCCAAAAGCAAUGUUAACGAAGAUGAAGGCACAAAUACUGAUGGAACGAAGCCAUUUAGAUCGCCCCUUCAUCUAAAUAAAACUAGAAAUGGUAGCGAAUUCUUUCCUAGGAUUAUGUUAUUUAUACCAAAGCAAGAUAGAUUAGUUGAUGGUGAAAAAUUAAUUAAUCAUUUUAUUAAUCAUGAAGAUAAAUCACUUUAUAAGAUUUGGUACAUUGAUGAAUAUUCACAUUUAGAUGUCCUAUGGGCAUAUGAUGUGAUUGAUAGAAUUGGGAAACCAAUUUUAGAUAAUAUGAGAUUACCCUAUGACAUGUCAGAGUAG